CUCUCUCUCUCUCACAGUGACAGUCACACUUUAGAUAUCAAAAGAAACAGUGGAGCAAACCUCACUCCGUCGCGCCCAGCCACCCUCCUCUCUCAACAUUUUGUUAAAUCUUUUAAUUUUUACAAAUUGGAAAUCAGUAUGUCUGAGGCUGAGCAAGUGAAGUUCCAUAUCAAGGUUGUGAUAAAUAGGGAGAAGACAAAGGUACUAUUUGCAGAAGCUGGCAGCGAUUUCACAGACGUGUUGUUAUGCUUCCUACUUCUUCCAUUGGGAACGAUCAUGGAGGUCCUUGAGAAGCACUAUGGAGACAAGGCGCCUGUUGUUGGAAGCUUGAACACUCUCUACAGAGGUGCAUCGAAUCUUGAUGUCGUCCAUUUCCAUGGAGAGGUUUUUAAGAAGUACGUGGUCAAUUCGACACAUUUUGAGAGUGAAUUGUGUAAACUGAGGCUCAACAUCCGCGGUACUCAGCCCACAAGUCCCACUUGUUCGGAAUCUUAUGAAGGAGUUUUCACUGAUGGUGCAGCUUCUUUCAUAAUCACCGACGAUCUCUGUGUGUUGCCUAAUGGGACAGGCUCUAUCAUUGAAACUCUCAGCACUCUCGGCGUUGCUGUGAAAGAUAUGGAUGGCGUGGAUAUAAGAAAUGUGACAUUUGGAUUGAAUGAGAUUAUAGCUCUGCUGAAGGAAUCGUUGAUUUCCUCGAAUCCACUCACUGCCCUCAUUUUCCCCGCUAGAAAGAUGAUUGUAGCAACAGAGGGGCAUGUUUUGUUGCAUCAGAUUGACCAGAGGCCGACUCUUGUGAUCCCAGAAAAUAUGAUGUUGAAAGUCAUGCUUCAAAAAUCGACAAACAAGUUUCUGUUUGCUCAGGCAGAUUGUGAUUUCGUAAACUUUCUUUUUGUCAUGCUGAUCAUUUCCUUAGGAAGAGUCGAGUGGUUUUUGGGGAGUAGCACUGGUCUCAAGAGUAUGGAUAAUUUGCAUAGAAGCGUCGCGGAUAAUUCUAAUAACUCUGUCUGAUGAAUCUGGAUCAGAUUGGAAAUCAAUCUUAUGUCCACGGACCGAGAAUGUAUAUGGUACGCGAUGACUUGACUGUUGCACCGUUGGGG